AAAAAUUAGUGUGUUUAUUUUAUUAGUGAGUUGGCUGCCAAAGUAAGGAUUGAAUUACUUGGAACUUACACUGAAGACAAUGCUUCUCAAGUUGGAGAUGAUACUCAUAAUACCUGAAGCUAAAAUAAUGGAAGGUCCAGAUACGUAUGCGGAAGUAGGAAGUUCCAUUAACCUAACAUGUGUUAUUGCCCAGAAGCCCCAGCUUAUGUAUUCUGGUACAGUCACAGUUCAGAAAUGUGGCCGAAAUACUGCAGUCAGUAGGCUCAAGAUCAGGGAUGCACAACCGACAAAUUCAGGAAACUACAUUUGCUCUCCUACGAAUGCGGGUGCAGUCAGUUCCAUUGUAUAUGUGGUCAAAGGAGAGAAGCAGGUGGUGGUUCGAAAUAUCGAAGGGUCUGCAACACAGAAUUGCUGUGGCUUUUACAUCAGCAACCUUCUUCUUUAUGGAAUGCUCUUAUACCUUUUAUAAGAAGAUGACCAGCUUCACUAUAAACACUCAAAAGAGGUACAGAAUUGAGCGGUGGAGAAGUAGAUCUAUGUCAUCCCUCACUGUUUUCCCCAUUUUGGAGAUGAUUUCCUUUCUUGUGGAUUAUCAGUGCAGCAUUUAUUAGAUAGUAUCAUCCAAUUUUUGACUGGGGUGUUUUCACAUUGUCUCAAGCAAGGAAAGUUCCAAACAAUUUUAUUUCCAUCUAAAGAAAAUCUAUAUUUCACAUCCAAACUAAUAAUAGCAUUAAGAGUGUUCAGAAGAUAUUCCAAAAUAAUUGGCAAUUCCUGUUUGAAAUUUUUUUUUUUUUAAACUACGGGGGAGGCCUAUGCAAGUUGACCACUUUGGUACAACAAUUUGAUGUUCCACUUCGGCAAGUGACCUAUUUAUAAAAUGGCAAUUUAUUUGUUUUUUGACUGUCUGAAAAUUGACGGUGAUAGAUGACCAACAUGCAAAAGUGGUUGACUCAACAGGUUUUACUGUGUAUUAUAUAUAUAUAUAAACUGAAAGUAACGAAAGCAGAAAUAAAAAAAAUGUCGACUGCAGGUUUUCUGUCAUUUAAUCACACCAUACAAUAAAAGAUCUUAAUGCAAACCCUAGAAACUUGAGGCUUUGCAUUAUAUAAAUCAUUUAACAUUCCAUUAAGUUUAACUUAUUAAACCUUGCAAUGUAUAUCUGCAAUAGAUCAAUAUUUAAGUAUUUAUAAAAUAAUUUAUAGAUUUAAUUAAGUAUAAUAAUAUUC